UUGGCCGCCGCAGCGCCGCCAAUCGGCUCACGGUGGAAGGAGGGACUUUGUGGAGUGCUGCGUUGGUGGAUGCUUUACAGUCAGACAGCGGGACCGGGGACUUGAAGAAAAUCACUUUUUCGGGGAUUUUUCAGAAAAACACGCAGGCUAUUUCUUUUCUUUUUUUUUCUUUCCACCCAGACGACAUCACGCGGCAAGACAGACCCGAUCGACGGCCAUGAAGAACCCCGUGUACUGGGCUGUGCUGGGCGGCAUGGCCAUCCUGCUGAUGGAGCAAGGCUUGCCCGUCCGCAGCCAAGGGGACUCGCAGUCCGACAACAAAGUGAUGGACAACAUCACCGUCCGACAAGGGGAGACGGUCUUCCUCAGGUGUGCGCAGGGGGACGUCGUCACACACACGGCGUGGCUGAACCGCUCGAGUAUACUGUACGCCGGCGAAGACAAAUGGUCGGUGGAUCCCCGGGUGAGUCUGGUGACCCUCAAUCAAGAGGAGUUUACCAUCAAGAUUGAGAACGUGGACAUGACGGAUGAGGGCCAGUACGUGUGCGCCGUGCAGACCAGCAGUCGACCGAGAACCACCUCGGUGCACGUCCUCGUCCAAGUGCCACCGAAGAUCAUCAACCUGUCAAGAGACAUCGUGGUAAAUGAAGGCUCCAACGUCACCCUCAUGUGCCAAGCCAGCGGUAAACCUGAGCCUUCCAUCACCUGGAAACUAAUCUCCCCUUCAGCGGACCUGGCGUCAGACGACGAGUACCUGGAAAUACCAUCCAUCACCAGGCAGAGAGCUGGGACGUACGAAUGCACGGCUGUCAACGACAUUGACGCAGACGUUCAGACUGUGGACAUCACUGUCAACUAUGCUCCGACCGUGUCAGAGGGCAGAGACGUCGGAGUGACUCUGGGCCAGAGGGGAGAGCUGGAGUGUGAAGCCGACGCGGUGCCUGUUGCCGACUUUGAGUGGUAUAAAGACGACAGAAGGAUCUUCAAUGGCUUCGAAGGGAUGGAGUUUGUGAACACUGCGUCACUGUCCAGGCUGAUGUUUUUUAACGUGUCUGAAGGAGACUACGGCAACUACACCUGCGUCGCCAUCAACAAACUCGGGAGCUCAAACACAAGUUUCCUUCUGUAUGUGGUAAUUGAACCCACUAGCUCAACGCUAUUGCAAGGACCGAGAGCAGUUCAGGACGGCAGCGGCGGCGCGAUGGGAGUGCGCUCACACACCUGUCUCCUCCUCCUCCUAGUGUUUCUUCCCUUCCUGCUCCGAUUUUGAAGAGGAAUGGAUUCGAGCAAAAGUGUGUGUGUGUGUGUGUGUGUGUGUGUGUGUGUGUGUUUUUUCGUUUUUCAACCAGAACCAUAAACUCGUGCACAGUGAGUGCAUGUCGUACCAAGCUACGUAAUGAUAUUGACACAUUCCAUAAGUACAUAACAUUUUGUUUUGGUUUGUUCUGUUAUUGAAUUUCUUUUAGCUACUUUAGUUUCUUUUUUUUAGGAUGUAACAGAUGUUUCACGUCUUAACUGAAUAUGUUGGAUAUUUUUCCUCUGUAAAUUAUAGUUUUGUGUAUUGUCUCUUUCCCGGAAAAAAAAAAGCCCAACAUUUUGAGGCAUCUCAUGUGCAAAUGGACUUGAAUUAAUUUUUAACCACAAUGCAUAUUCAUCUUAACUCCAGGAAAAGGCAAAUUUACAGUAGUACGAGAGGUGAAUGUUAAAUACCUCAAAGUCAACGGAGACAGUGAAACAGACGGAAUUGAGGCUACCCUGAGGCGGAGAGCCUGGUAUUAUCAUAUUUUAGUGUAUAAUAAUUAUCAUUCAGUCUGGUUGUUGAAAGCGAAAUUGUUUUUGACCUUCAUGUAUUUUCUGUUCCCAGCAUUAUAGUGAUUAUACUUGCUGUUGUGACAUGUUAAAAUUUCAAUUUGAUUUUUUGCAGUUUUAUUUCGUUUUUUUUAAAAUAUUGGAUAAGGGAAAAUAUGAAGCUGUAAUUAUUUAGGACAGAUAUCCUAGUUUUAAUGUCUUUGUUGUAUGUUCAUUUUUUCUUGUUUACCAGUACAGUAAUGGUGUCAAGAAUAAUUAUAUUAUAAUUAAGUAGUGAAAAUGGAGGGAGAGUCAAUGUCUGACUCGAGUAAUGCAAAUGUACUAAUGCUGUCGCUACUCGUUUGAACACCAUGCAGUUUCUACACAACACGGAUGUUUGAGAAAAUGCUCCAGUUCAUGUUCCUAAACCAGCGCUGGAAGGUUACGGACCACUCAGUAUGAUCACGAUGACGGAAAAAUAAACACUCUGCAUGCAUCUAGACACCAAUAACCCAAAGACUUUAGGAGUUUACACAGUAUCAUACAUCACCCGCGUGGUUUCCUCGUCGCGGCACCGCACUAAAAGACACAAUCACUUUUUCCAUGAUAUUGUCGUGUUUUAACAUGAGGGUAAUCUGGGAGGGGGAGGGGGGAGGACUAAAAUCAAUGACACCUUUAAACCAAAAUGUACAGUGUGUGGGUCGUGACUUUGAAAUGUCACACUGGACAUGACAUUUCCAGGUUUUAUUGAAAAGAGAAAGGGCCGUACAGCGCGUGAGCCUGUUGCAAUAACCUCGAUCAAUCAGAGGUCUGAGCGAAAACAACGGCUCCGCCUGCUCUCAUCGUUUAGUACACGGCUGGCGGUGUGUGAAAAAAAGAAAAGAGGACAGGCUCUGUGAGGAAACAUCAUGGGGACGGAUCAGUGCUGACAGAGCAUCACAGGCCGUGAACAGACGACACACACCCCCGUUACCUUGUUUCUGCCGAGUGUGCGGAUUUUGUGCGACAGUCGGUAACCUCCCACCAUGCGAGAGCGAGAAUUAAAGCCGGCGUCUUGUGUGUCUCUUGUGUUGCCGAGUGAUUCACACCGCCUGCCAGAGCGCACUCGGGCCCCGCCGCCGGCCCCCUGGCCCCGGAAAAGAGCCGAGUGGCGACGACAAAAUGGGCAGAAUUUGGUGUUCGGCUACAGGUUUUAGGUUUUUUAUUUAAAUUUACAUUUGUGCGAUUCCAUUGACACGACAUGGAGCAGUAACGCUGAGUCGAAACAAAUUAGAGUGUGUGUCUGUUCAGUGGUGGGGCGAUGAUGCGCUUCUUAUAAUCUAACAGCUCUGAUUGAGUGUGUUUUCACGUGCGGUUCAUUUUUAAGCGGAUACAAAGCUCGGUCGACGCCGAGCGAGGAAGAGCCACUGGUCUAUGUUCUGUUCACCUUCAGCUUUUUUGUCUCCCUCUUUCUCGAAAAGAAAGUUCAAAUCUUAUUUCCCUGGAUUGCUAAUGGCUCUGGCGAGCGUCAGUCCGUCAUCCAUGCGCGCGUCAUUUUUUUUUUUGGGAUAACGAGGUUUGUGUCCAUCGAUGUGAAAAAAAAGAGCCGACGUGCAAAAUCGAGAAGAAAAAAGGCAGGAAACAGACGGGGCCGUUAUUGAUAUUGAUCAGGGUAAUCGUCAGCUGAAUCCGACAGGCUAAUCACCGUUUUGUUUUCGCGCAUGAGACGGAGAGAGAGACAGAACCUGCAGAAACGCCGUUCGCGGUAAUUAUUCCACCCUCGAAGGAUGGCGCGGCCCAUCCCACUUCCUCGCGAGGCCGCAGUCGGCCCGCACCCGGAGGACGUGUGUGCUGGAGAUCCAUCCCGCAUGGUCCAGUGUGAAGUGACUGCUGUUGAAAUGCACAAGCAACCAAAACCACACCACACUUUGAAAAGUUGAAAAAUAACUGAAUGUGAAUUACGCCUGGAAAUAUCUCACUGACACACACACACACACACAUGCGUCCCACAAAUUCUGCUUGGGUAAAACACUUCAUUCUAUAUACGUAUAUAUAUUAUUAUUAUUAUUAGCAUUUUUCGCCCACAUAUUUUGAUGAACAGCCAAGCACACAUUGUAAAAACUGGGUCAUUUAUUUUUAUUUCCUGUUUUCUGGGGGUUUUUUCUGUACUACCUCUGAGCAGUCGUUCAGCUAAAUGUCCAAUAAGUUCAUGGCACAGCAAUUAUCACAUGGAAGUAAGCAUAGGUCCGGUUGUGGACGUGAAUAUGUUCGCACUGCGGCGACAGUGACGCUCAGACAGCAGAAUGUUUAUGCAGUUUAUUGCUUGGUAAUUGUGAUACUGUCUUUUUUCUUUUUUUUAAAAAAAUAUAAGUUCAAAAUGCAAUAACAGAAAAAAAAAAAAUAGUUUCAGGCCAAGCACAGCAUCACCGAGGACAGACCCAUGUAAGAGCUUAACUUUAGAGAAAAGAUGAAUUUGUACAAACCGGCAGGGCUGCUGGCAAAAUAUAACACGUAAUGCUUUCUCCUAGGUAAGGAUUUUUUGAGUAUAUAACCCGAGGUGUGGAGUUGGUUGUACAGCUGACUGACUUAAUAACCCUAAUAAUCCACUCAAUAAUAGCACUGCCAUAUGGCCACUCUGGCAGCGAUUCAGAACGGAGACUGCGCUGAGCAGAAACUGAUUAAAAAUGAACCCCACUAACUGUUAAUACUCAGCAACAAUCUUGUUCAUCAACCGCCACGAGACCCGUGGUCACGGACGCAAUGUUGCACACUGAGCUGAAGAAGCAGUAAAGGGGCGGAGAGCAGUCGGGGCGGGGAUCUGCGGAUGAAACCCUCCGCCAUUUUUCCGGCGGAGACGGGAAGCGGUCGGCACCUGUCAGAUCACUGCUGGAAAUCCCGCUGGAUCACGUCUCCGGAAGUUUUGGCCUUGGUCGGAGCCGCGUGCAUCCGGAAAAAAAGGGAAAGAAUCGCCUUCAUUUGCUUGAUCUGAAAUCCCCGCUGUUCCAGUGUGGAGAAAGCCUGAAAUCCUUUGCCGGCUGCUUCUUUAAAGUCUGCGGAAAAAGGAAAACCAGAGAUGAGAUUCUAAACAAAUUGUACGUGUGGGGGAAAAUGAAUAAAUACAGUUAAAAUAUUUAAGAGUUGGCUGUAAAUUGUGGUCAGGAUUUUUUUUUGCGCGGGCCACAAUGCACUUGAACCACACUUAACCACACAACCCCUCACCUAGAACAAUAAUCUUAUGAAAAAAAAAUGGCAUCAGUAGUUCUCUGAUUGAUUUUGGGAGUAGCCACAUUAAUAAAGAGCUGAGGUUCACCUCUGACACCCGCCUCUGCAGCAACCAUUUGACUCCGGGUAGUUAAAACGAACCCGCCGACAUCCGGCACCGUCGUCCGCCGACGAGGGAAGCUGCCUUAUGUGUGUAUGAUUUUACGUUUGCGUGUUAAAGGCAAACACGAAAGUGACACCUGACAUUACCCAGACUUUAAGGGUAGUGACAUCCUGUCCAUGCGGCCGAGCUUUUCAGGACUUUAAAUGCAGUAAAAAGCUCAACACAGAUUAUUUCUCCCCAUGCUGUGGGCUUUUGAACGGCGUCAUUUCACAUCACCGCGAUGUGUUAAAGCGAACGCCAUGGCGGAUAACAUACCUCUUUCAUUUUUUUUUGGGGGGGGUGGGGGGCAACAUCCUUGACUUCACAUUCUUUCCGCAUGGCAUUAAAAAAAAAAGGGCAGCCUCUGUGCCGUCUGAUUAGAGCGAAUGCAAAUGCGCCGAAACUCCCACCAAGCUUGACUUGAAAAAAAGUCAAACUUCUAAUGAUAAAACCAAGCAACCCGGGGAGAGGAUGUCGAAGAUACACAAGUCAAAUAUUUCCGAUCCGCCCCCAGUUCGCCUCGGAAACUGCACUGAAAAGGGCCUGAAUACACAUGAAUUUCCUCCUGUUUCUGUCUGACUCCAGUCGGCCAAUUCUGAAUCACAGCCCAUGAAGGCUUAUAUUUUGGCAGUAGCGCUGCAUAUUUAUGUUGAUACGACCAAUUCCACUGUCUGUUUGAAGACUGCAUAGGGAUUGCGGGGCACAUUCUUUCUGUCGACCCAAUCAACAGUGGUCCAGUUGGUAAAAAAAAAUAUUGAAAAAGCUAUGGGUAUAUUUCUCCUACUUGUCUCCGGGUGUGCAAGGCAAGAGAAGCAGAGCAGUCUUUGAACAGAAUUUGAUACCGUUUAAGAAAAUAAUGACUGAGCCCCUGCCAGAUAGUACUAUUCAUUUUCGGUGUCGUAACAUUUGUGUGAUUUGCAUUGCAGUCCGGAAGAGCUACCAAUUUUUGGGGUUUGUGAACCUUGGUUGGACACGAAAAAUCGAAAACCUUUGUCUGAGCGGCCGGGGGGAAGAUUGUAGUGGACGCAUGGAGUCGUCUCAUCGCCUGAUGGGAUUUAUUUUGGACGAUUCACAUGAAAUGCAAUUCUGCCCCUUUUGCCUGGCUACGAGUUCACAGAGCAGAGAACGGACUGUUCCCAAGUGGAAGGAGACGUCAUGCCGAUCGACUCCCUGCAUUGUAAAGGAUUGUUGGUUCAUAUGUAUUUCCUUGAUGACAAGUGUGUGCUCAUAUUUAAGACUGAUAAUAAUAAAAAUGUUGUAUCAUAA